CCCCUGUUAAGUACCGAAGGCCUGAAUUUUUAAGACUAAACUGUAUUAGGAAACGUUUUAGAGAGAGUGAUAGAUAGAGAGAGAAACACACACUUCAAGCCCAUUUUACACCAUCAUAUGCCUGCAAAUACACAGGAGAAGGAGAUAGAAACGAAGAAAAAGACUGUUCGUUGCUGGGUGUGUUUUCUUCCUAUAUAUGGAUGAAAGAAAACAGAUAUGUAAUUGAAUCAAGAAGGUGCUAGCGACCCUGGUUAAUACAUAUCAAAUUCUUGAUGGAGACCUGUAGUAUGAGCUUUUCUGGAAACAUGGAAGAUGAAUACGAGAAAUUUAUUCGAAGAAUGAAUCCACCCAGAGUUGUAAUCGACAACGAUUCCUGUAAAAAUGCCACCAUUAUUCAGGUUGAUAGCGCUAACAAACAUGGGAUCCUUUUGGAAGUCGUACAAGUUCUCACUGAUCUUAACUUUAUCAUCACCAAAGCUUACAUAAGUUCCGAUGGAGGGUGGUUCAUGGAUGUCUUCAAUGUCACCGAUCAUGAAGGGAACAAAAUCACCAAUGAAGAAAUUUUGGAUUACAUUCAAAAGGCUCUUGGUUCGGAAACUAGUUUUACAACAUCAAUGAGAUCCGUUGGGGUAACAACCUCAACGGAUCACACAGUAAUCGAAUUAAUAGGAAGUGAUAGGCCGGGCCUACUCUCAGAACUAUGUGCAGUUCUCACACACUUAAAGUGUAAUGUAUUAAAUGGUGAGGUGUGGACCCACAACACACGGGCUGCAUCUGUACUUCAAGUAACCGAUGAAGAAUCCGGUUUAGCCAUUACGGAUCCCAAAAAGCUUUCCAUUAUAAAGAAAAUGUUAUGCAAUGUACUUAAAGGUAGCAACAAAGCUAAUGAAGCUAAAACUGUGGUCUCUCAUGGUGUUACACAUACCGAAAGACGCCUUCAUCAAAUGAUGUUUGCAGAUAGAGAUUAUGAGAGGAAAGAUGAAUGUUGUAGUGAGAAAGAAAGGCCCGAUGUGAAAGUUGUUAAUUGGUAUGAUAAAGAUUAUUCGGUUGUGACAAUAAGGUGUAAAGAUAGACCAAAGCUUUUGUUUGAUACGAUUUGUACUUUGACUGAUAUGGAGUAUGUGGUUUUUCAUGGAAAUGUUGAUGCUGAAGGGCCCGAAGCUUAUCAGGAAUAUUGCAUUCGACAUAUCGAUGGGUUUCCUGUGAAUUCGGAUGCAGAGAGGCAAAGGGUGAUUCAAUGUCUUGAAGCUGCCAUUGAAAGAAGAGUUUCUGAGGGAUUGAAGCUAGAACUAUGUACAACCGAUAGAAUUGGGCUAUUAUCCGAUGUGACUCGUAUAUUUCGUGAGAAUAGUCUCACGGUGAUGCGGGCAGAGGUGACAACUCGGGCAGGAAAAGCCAUGAAUACAUUUUAUGUUGGUGAUGCUUCCGGGUACCCCGUUGACCCUAAGAUUAUUGACUCUAUUAGAAAAGAAAUCGGGCAAACAAUUCUAAAAGUCAAAAGUACCCCUCAAGAAUUAAACCAAGGUCAACAAGAAUGUCCUAAUAGGUUCCUUUUUCGUGGCCUUUUUAAGACCAAAUCCUUUUGCAAUUUUGGGCUCGUUAGAUCUUACUCGUGAGGUACCAAUACUCCAAUAGUCCAAUUCACACGUUAAUCACUCAUUCCAUUCCAACAGAGCAACCAGACAUGAGAAUGGAAUGGAAUGGAAAUGGUAAUGGUAAUGGUAAUGUUUUGUUCUUUUACCUUGUGCAUUCCAUUCCAUCGAACCAAACAGACCCCUAGUUGUUAGACCCUGAGCCCAUUUGAUGGAAGCAAGAAAUGGUUUUGUAUAUAUUAAGAUUUUAGUUUUGUUGACUUUUUAAUGCG